UCAAAAUCGAAAUAGAUGUAAGAUUUCUUUUUACUCGGCUUUAACGUUGACGUUACUUGAGUUUCGUGCGUGUAAUUUUUUUUUUUUCAAAAUACAGACAGACUUAUCCAUUUUCACGCACCGGCAUGUUUUAGUACAGCGCAGUUAGUUACGUUUUCGAUUACUUUUCGCCCGUUUUCGCCAAGCCAUUAGUUUUAAGAGCAUUAAAUUCUCAAGCAAUUCAAAAGUCUGAGCAACAGGCAAAUAAAAAUUCAAACAUUAACUCCGAUUCCGUGCAUUUUGAAAGCAAAAUUGUUCAAGUACAAGCCAAUAGAUAGAAGCCAAACCAGUAAUUAUAGGCCACAUUAUACCUGGGCCAUUCGCCAAAUUCGAACAUUGCGAACUUUCGGAAGUAGAAACCAUCCGGCGUUACGAUGAAACCCGACCAGUUAAAUCGCUUGAUCAAAGUGAAUACCCGAAUGCAACCCUGGUUUUUGCGCAACACUAGCGAGUUGUACGAAAGUGCCGUUAGAUCCUAUUACGAGCGCGGCCACAGUUCACACAACCGACACCCACGUUUCCGGACCGAGAACGCUGGUCCUUUGCGCCGGAUCAAGCGGGCGGAGGCGAAGCCCAGUGCAAACGAUAUCUAUCCGCGCAGCCACAUCAUGCAGGCGGAUCAGGCAUCGGCGGCCAGCAAUAGCAAUUCCGGCCAAUUUCUGUACUCGAUGAUGCAGGCGAAUCGUUCGCGCUCCAUGUCCUUUACGGCGGCUCGUCCUUACGCCUCCGUUUACGGCCAGAGUUCCGUGCGUAGGGUCGCCAGUUCGAGCUGCUCCAGCGGGCGCAGUAGCGAGUCAUCCCGCACCGAGUUCCUGGUCGGAUCCUUGCGCAAAAACAAAGCGAAGCGGGAGCGCCAGAGCCGCUCGAUGCGCAAAAGCAGGGACUCCAAAGAGGAGUCCCAUCUGGUGGACAUGGGCAUGUUCAGUGGCCGUUCCAUGAGCAUGCCAUCCCGUCCAUCCGCAUCCGUUUUGGGAUCCGUAGCAAUGAUGCCGCCGAGCAGGCAACACCACAUAGCGGCCAUGGCGAAGAGCUCACUGGCGCAGGGCAUCCAAAUGCCGCGGAGCGAUGGCGACUCCCUGAUGCCGGUGGAUGCCGCCCUCAAGCGUCGCAUUUCGGUGCUGGGCAAGCUGGACGGUGGACGAAAGCGGUCAGGACUCGGUCCACUAGGCAGUGGGGCGACCAGAAAUGGCAGCACCACCGCCAUAAACGGACAACAGCCGACGGAGAUGCGCCACCGCUUCCAGACUUUGGGCGAUCGCAUCAAGCAGUUCGAGUACAUCCAGUUCGCCGACGGACCCGUGGCCACUUAUGCCUUCAAUCGGAGCCAGCAGAGACCCAUCAAUACCAGCAUUCGUGAUUCGCCACGGAGCCGUAUUGAGAAGAGCUCGGAUACGUCAAUCAAUGGCACUACCAAUAGCACCAGAAGCAACGCCACCACGCGACGUAUGGAGGUGAGACAACAGCCGCGCCAGCUUAGCUUCCACAAUGUCCUGCACGCCAACUAUCGCCAGAGGAGCCGAAGCCUGGAGUCCGGAGCCGUUCAGCUGAGGGAAUCCCUCGAAUCCAUAGCGCGACCCGCAACUCCACUCGGUCCACGGGGCUUCGAUGGAGCCACUCGGGGAUCCAGCCUGGACAGCAGCUCGCGGACUAGUUUCAGGCCCAGCAACUCGACAAUCACUUGGGAUAAUUCUUUGGGUAGAUAUGAAGAAGAAUUAGGUAGAAGGUCGGUACACGAUUUCGGAUAUGCAAAGAGUUCGGAAGACACAUCAUGCGAUUGGGAUGUUAAUCCAGGUGAAGAUUGGCCCAAGUACCCCAGAUCAAGUAGCCCAUGCGGCAAGGGUUUGAUGUCAAAUGUAGCAAAAUCAGACAACGUUUCGGUGGGUAACGCAAAUGCCAGUAGUCAAAAUUGGGCAAUCCCGUCGGGAUCAGCGACAAAAUUACGCUCGAUUGAGGGAAAAGCCAAAGAAGAUACUUUGGAAUCGACAACAGUGAAUUCGGAGCAUGGUAAAGCCAAUUCCAAUUCCGGUUCCACUUCCCGCGACACUUCGCAAGCAAACUCGCAAGCGGCUUCAGUUCACGAUGAGCCCAAUAGAGCCACCUUGGCACCCGUGCGUCGCGUCCACCUGCAGCAAAAGAGUCUGCAGAACCAGUCUGCAACCAAGGUGGAUGAACCUAAGCGCGAGGAUCUGCCACUCAGUCCCCUCGAGGUCAAGGACACGAUCAAGGAGAAGGCUAGGGAAAGGGUCAAAAAUAAGCAGCUGCUUGAGAGUCUGCAGGACAAGCCGCGAGUGACCAAGGUGACCAGCAACCAGGUGAGCCGCUCCAGUCAUCGAUCCUUCCUGCACCCGGCCAAAGAUGACGACGUGACUGCGGCUAAUGUUUCCAAGAAAUCGCAGUCGCAUCCAAAGCUCGGGAAGAAGCCGGAAAGGAAGGCGAACCAGAAGCGGGAGGACAGAACUCCAGCCCAGGUCAAGGGAGCCAAUCAGCUGCUGGUGGCGAGUGCCUCGCAGGUUUCGGCCUACAAGCGUGCCUUCCGCACCCAGCAGCAGAUACGCAAGGCGGAGAUCCUCCAACAGCAGGCGCAGCAUCUGCAGGAGUCCCCCAUAAGUCCCACUGCCAUCGAGGGGUCCAAACAAACCGCCAAGCUGCAGAGCCACCAGGGCUCGAUACAACAAUCUACCUCUAAUCGAACCAAUGUUCGAACGUUGGUCAGACGCAGUGCAGCCAGUUCGGGAGGCAAGGCUUCCCCGUUGGGCGAUCAGCUGACAUCCAAAGCGGGAUCUGGAACUCACUCAUCGUUGACAGCCAAGCCGAAAUCGAAUGGAUUGGUUCUGAAAACGAAGGGAUUAAAUAGAUCACAGAUGAAGACAGCAGCUGCUACUGCAACAGCAGCACCGCUAACAGCGAAGCGGACUGCGCAGCAUGUAGUGUUAACGGCAAAAACAACAACGAAAAGGGGCAAUGGAGCUGCGAUUUUUGGUGGAGGAGGGGGAAGGGGAGUUGGAGUUGGUGGAGCAGUUCGGAGAGCGGCAAAGGAAACGCUGACGGUGGCAGCUCAACAGCAGCAGCAAUCGCGUAACGGUAACUCGCUGCUUGGCUAUCGGCGCGAAACGGUUAACCGCGCAGCAGCAGCGCUGCUGCAGCGACGCGACGCAGACGAGCCGCUGUCGCAGUUGCAGUUGCAGUUGCAGUCGCAGUCGCCGUCGGCGUCGCAGUCGACGCAGCAGCGGCGCCAGUUUCACUGUCCACAUCCCCCAUGGCGUCCCAGCUACUAAGUGUUCACUGUGUCCCGUUAUGCCGCCCGUGCUCAGUUACUGCUCUCGCAAAUUGUUCCCACCCAUGAGCCAGACAGAGAUAAAUCC